UGCGUUUUGGCUCUAAAGCCUGGAGACCUCCGAAGUGCUCGUCAGUUUUCGAAGUAGGAGCCAUGGCGACAACAGCUCAGUAUAUUCCGAGGAAUAACUCCUUACCGUCUAACCCGCUCAUGCAUCCGGAUUCGGACAGGAUGCACCAGGGGACGACCUACAGAGAGGUACAGAAAAUGAUGCACCACGAGUACUUGCAAGGGCUUGCGGCGACCAACACGGGACACCCGAUGAGCCUGACGCACCAUCAGUGGCUGCCAACCUCCAACACAGACUGGUCCAGCGGCACCCACAUCGGACAGGAGCACAAAGCCAGCGUGCAGGCGAGCAGGGAGGACCUGAGCAACGGGUUCCACCACAGGUCUCACCUGGUGCACCAGCAGGCGCAGAGUGGCCACCAUGGUUCGUGGGCGCCUGCCACGACGCACCACUUAUCCCCGCUGUCCCCAGCAUCUAACGGCCACCAGUCACUUGUCUACUCACAGCCUGGAUACACAAACCUCAACGCAAUGUUGAGUCCCCAGCCCGGCACGCUGCACCAUGGCAUGCGGGACCCACUCCACGAUGAUUCGGCCAGCCACGACAACCAGAUGGAGUCGCCCCAGCAGGCUUUCAGCCACCACCAGGAUCACUCGGACGAGGACGCGCCCAGCUCCGACGAUCUGGAGCAGUUUGCCAAGCAGUUCAAGCAGCGGCGGAUCAAACUUGGCUUUACGCAGGCGGACGUGGGGUUGGCCUUGGGCACCCUGUAUGGAAACGUCUUUUCUCAGACCACUAUCUGCAGGUUCGAGGCGCUGCAGCUCAGCUUCAAGAACAUGUGCAAACUUAAGCCGCUCCUUAACAAGUGGCUGGAGGAGACAGACUCAAACACGGGCAGUCCCACCAAUUUGGACAAGAUUGCUGCGCAGGGCAGGAAACGAAAGAAGAGGACCUCCAUCGAAGUGGCUGUGAAAGGGGCGCUGGAAAAUCAUUUCUUAAAAUGCCCAAAGCCAUCUGCUCAUGAAAUCAGCACUUUAGCCGGUACUCUGCAGUUGGAUAAAGAGGUUGUCCGUGUUUGGUUUUGCAACAGAAGACAAAAAGAGAAAAGAAUGACACCAGUGGGGGUCCCUCACCCGAAUAUGGAGGACGUAUAUUCCCAAGCAGAGACCCCUCCUCUACACCGCACACUACAGAGUCCUGUGCAGUGACUGUUUUCAUGAACAAUCCGAGCAUUUCCGCGGGGGGAUAGAAAAGGGAAAGGGGCUAUGGAGUUUACAGUAUUUAAGUUUGGCUUUUGUUUUCCUGAGAGAAAAGAGACGUGGAAAAGUUGAACAGAUCAGUUUUGCCUUUAGUAUUCGCGAUUCGCGUGCUCAUCAAAUAGAUGGCAAGAGGAAAAAAACGUUAAGAAAAAAAGAAUCAUAAAAAAGAAAAGAAAAAUUCGCUAUUACUGAUUCCGUGCGCAUUUAAAGUGAAACAAAGAUCUUUAUUUACCAAAAUUUUACAGAGGAGACAUGCAUAUAAAGUAAAUUUGAUAUCCAAUGGCUGCUCCAAAUAGGGGGUAAUUAAAUGUGGCAACUGAGUCCAUCUCCUCCUGGUGUACCAUGAACUGUAGGCGCUGACCCGAAUGAGGUUGCUGCCUGAAAAUGAUCAACACUGGAGAUGAAAAGCCUACACUGAAUGAACAUUUAGCUUUUUUCAGGCUUAAACUGGUUAUCUGAAUAUUAGUGUAUACUUUCUUUGUUAUAUUAAGUGUGAUGUUUUGGUUCGGGAAAUUCUUUAACUUCAGUGUCUCUCUUCCUGCAAAGUGUCUAUGAUUUUGUUCAUUAUUUGCUAUGGGUACUGUAUCUCAUCAGAGCAACCGCUAAUUUCUUAUUUUUUCUGUUUACUCAGUGGGAGUUGAUGGUUGGAGGAGUGAUGGAAAUUGUGGCACCCGAAAACAAAACACUUACAAAUAACGCCAGACACGUUUUAGAAAUUGUGCAAGUGCAACAGGACAUCCAAGUUCUGACUGCAUGCCUUAAAAAAAUCGAGCUUUUUGCAGCUGACCACGCCGAAAUUUGCAAAAAGCACCAAAUUAGAAGCAAGCGUUUCUUUUCUUUUCUUUUCUUUUCUUUUCUUUUCUUUUCUUUUCUUUUCUUUUCUUUUCUUUUCUUGUCUUUUCUUUUCUUUUCUUUUCUUGUCUUUUCUUUUCUUUUUGGAGGUUUUGAUUGUUCUAAAAUUAUUGUUUUCUUUGCAUGGAGCACUUAUUCUUUCGUUAAUAUUAGUAAUGCUAUAUUAUGUUUUUAAUAAAAGUGUGAGUGUAGCUGAUCUCAUUAGGCUUAAACACAAAAGCCUAAAAAUCCCAUGUUUACAGGUUCCUGGUUAUCACCACAGAGCGCUGUCAGCCCACACUGCUUACUGCCUGUUAUCCUGUUGUAUCCCAAACAUUUUGAGAGAUUGGUCAAAUAUGAAAAGUUAUAAUAACUCAGGUAACUUCAGUGCCCCAUGUCGGAAUAUGACGCCUGUACAUGAUUUGUUUUCCUCUGAGUGUGUAUUUUAUUUUUAUUUUAUUUUUUAAUAUAAUUCAGUUUUUUUGUUUCACAUUGUCAUUGUAUUAUAGUUAAACGCUGGAAUCGGAGAAAAGAAAAUUACAAUUCAUUCAUUGAGGGUAAGCGAUGAAGGGAUUUACUUUAGAUAUAUUUAUUUUUUCCCGAUCUAUAAGGAAAUCUGAAAAUCUCAUGUGUCGUGUGUCAUAUCUCAGUGUUGGACCAGUCCAAAAGCCUACAGCAGUGCUAUUCAAUACAGAUGAGGGAAACUUUUUUUCCAGGAAAAAAAAUAAUGAUAAUAAUAAAGAUUUUAGAGAAAAUGUUGCCAGGAUUAUUUCCGAUAUGUAAAUAUGUCUAAUAUGUAAACUUGUAUUUGUUCCGAGAUAUUGUUUUGUUUUUUGUUUUUUCGUUUUUGUUUCUUUCCGGGCAGUUUUGUACACUUACUAAUUCCAAGAAGAUAUUUUAAUAUGAUUUCAUUUAUGAAUCUGACCAUUUAUAUAUAUAUAUAUUUAUUUCUUAAAAGUGUUUGGAGCUUUUUUGUUCAGCUCUGUUAAUGGUUACGUUGCAGUGGACUUCAGUAUGUUUUUUUCCUUUUUGUUUACUACAUUGGUUGUAUGUUGAUUGCUAAAUGUAGACUGCAAAGUCACAUUUAUAUUUAUGUUAUAGUAAUAUUUUAUUACUUACAUAAAACAUAUAUACAAGAAAUGGUCUUCUGUCUUCAUUAAAAUCCAAACUACUCGUCUUUUGUUGAUGUCUGCUACAGAAUCACCAGGCAAGAAAAAAAUAAACCUGAUCAUCAAGUUGAAUGCUUUUCACUGUGCUGAGCAUCGGGAAGAAGUGAGCACCCCAUGUGUUCAUUUUAAAUAGCAGUGAUUCGUUAUGUAACAGGGGAUCGUUUAAAAUCAGAAGCUGUGUACAUGUGCUGUUAAGGGGAAUAGACAACAGUAUUUUACCUCAGGCAUUCCCUGCUAAGUUCACAGUCUGUGACGUUGUUCACAUCUUUGUGUAAACGCAGUAUUAAAUUGUGCAAUAUAAAUACGGAA